GCCCCAAUUCUGCCUCGUGGACCGAGAGAUGAUGGAUCGUGUGGGAUCACAUCCGGUCGAGGAGCAAAACCGAUGCGGGACGGAAGCGGGUUGGAGAGAGAGAGAUGGAUUGAAUAUGAAUUGUACUCGAUCGUGCAAAAAUACCCAAGUAAAAAAGUGUUUGCGAAUCCAGGAUCGAUUCCACGCUCGAUGCGAAAUUGGGGCCGUCGCUAAAAAUUUGUAACCUAAAAAGUUGCCACCGUCGAUUCGUCGAACCUAUUCAUCGUGCAAAUAGCGACGGCCGGCCGCAGGGUCGUUGAGGAUUUUCGAAUUUUCAAAACCGUUCCCAGUCUGUCUUCUAGUAGCGCGGACAGAUUCUCCGGGGAGCAGCAAGCGAACAAUGCCCCGAAAACGGGAGUUCUAGAGAGAGAGAGAGGAGAUGGGGGUAGCUAAACCGGGCAUCAAAGUCGCAGCUCUCUGCGGCUCUCUUCGCAAGGCUUCCAACCACAGAGGCCUCAUUCGAUCAGCUGUGGAGAUAUGCAAGGAGUCCAUCCCCGGCAUGCAGAUCGAGCACGUGGAAGUGUCGCCCCUCCCCAUGAUCAACACCGACCUCGAAGAAGAAGGCGGCAAGUUCCCGGCCGCGGUCGAAGAGCUCCGCCGCAAGAUUUUGAGGGCCGACAGCUAUCUCUUCGCCUCUCCCGAGUACAAUUACUCUAUUGCCCCGCCUCUCAAGAAUGCAAUAGAUUGGGCAUCUAGAGCACCGAAUGUUUGGGCGGACAAAGCUGCUGCUAUAGUAAGUGCCGGAGGAAAUUUUGGUGGUGGAAGAGCGCAGUAUCAUCUCCGACAGACAGGGGUGUACCUCGAUCUUCAUUUCAUUAAUAAACCCGAGCUUUUCGUAUAUGCAUUUCAACCUCCUGCAAAGUUCGAUGCCGAUGGAAACUUGAUCGAUGCAGAGGUCAAGGAGAGGCUAAAGCAGGUUCUGCUUUCACUGCAAAAAUUCACAUUGCGACUCCGGGGUCAGUGCUGACCUGUGAUUUUGGAUUCUGGCAUUUGAAUGAUGCUGGUAUUGUAUAUCAUCCAUUCGUUGUCUAGUGACUUCAAGUUGAUGGUAAAUGCUUGAUUCUGAAGUUCGGUUUAAAGCUUGUCCUGUUGUCUAACGGCCUAAGCAAACGAUCAAUGCAUUCAUGUGAUUGUUACGUAAAUGAUGCCCUGCUGGAGA